AUGGUUUUCAGCCGGAAAAGGGUGGAGUGCCCCCUCCGGAUCGGGGACGAGAUCCUUCCCCAAGUGGAGGAGCUUAAGUACCUCGGGGGGCAAGCAGGCCAGGACCCAAGCCACCAGAGCACCCAACAGCCCCCCAGAACACGACAGACCCAACACCACGUGCCCCAGAGACAGCCACGCGCCCCACCCAAGGGGGAACAAGCAAGGGAACACAGAGGCAACACCCCCCCAGCCGGGGGAAGCCCACAGAGGGACAAGGGACAGGAGGCCCCCCGGCCCAGCCCAAGGCCACCAACCCCGGCACGAUCUGAGCCCACAGCCACAGGGCCCCACCAACCCGAGACCCGCCCCGACCCCCAGCGGGGAGCCCGCCACGCACCAGAGAGACCAGAGCCCCCCCAACCCUCGGCCCCAACGGGGCGGGCCACGGCCCACCAUGACGACCCAGCCCACCGCCCCCGGGCCAAACCAUAUACCCCGUGGGGAAGACGGCGGGGGGCCACAGCGGCCCCCCACCCCCACCCCAGCCAGGGGCGAAACCCCAGGGAGACCGGGAGAGCAGGCCCCCAGCCCAGCCAGAAGCCAAACCCUCCACAGGCGCAGACAGUGUCCAGACCAUCCCAGAGCUACCCAAACCACCGGGCAGGGCAACCGCCACACAGCAGCAGGGCCCAAGCAACCACCCAGCCCAGUCCCGCACAGAGAGGCCGACCACCAACCCAGAGCCACCGGCGACACCCCCGCAGCAGAACUGACGCCACUCCCCCAGACCACAGACCCCCCCGUCCAGCCCUGCAGGGCCAGGGACAGAGGCAGUGGGAGACCCCCACCCCGCCCCUGCCAACCCCCCGUCCAACAUGGAUGCAGGGUGUAUGCAUGUGA